UAUGGGUUUAUGUUAAGGAAAAAAAAUGUAUAAGGUUGAUAAGAUUGUCGUUAAAGAUAAUAAAUCCAGUGAAAAUUUAUGUGUAUUGAAUGAAAAUAUAGUAACAUAAAAUGAGAAUGGAAAAUCUUAACUACUCAUUUAACAAAUGAAGUCAUAAAUAGCUUCAUGUAUAAAUUAUAGCUAAAUUGAAAGUGAAAUAAAUUUACCAAUAGGAGAGGGAUAUCUUGAAUGGACUUGUAAAUAAUAAUAAUGAUUUUUAGAUCAAGAUGGUUCAAGAUAUGAAGGUUUUUGGAAAAAGAUGGCUCCAAAUGGUUAAGGAAAACUUUGGAUGGCAAACGGGGACAUUUUUGAAGGACAGUUUGUUAAUGGGUUACUUGUAUAAGGGUCUCAUAUUUCAGUAAAUGGAAAUACUUAUAAUGGAGAGUUUGUAGAUGGAUUAUAUCACGGAUAUGGUCAAAUAAUUGAGUAAAGAAUAUAUUAUGAAUAUAUCAAUAUAGAUUCUUAGGUGAUACUUAUAGUGGAUAAUUCGUUAAAGGGAUGAAAUAAGGAAAAGGAAUAAUGAAAAAAAGUGAUGGAACAAUGUAUGAUGGUGAAUGGAAUUAAAAUAUUUAGAGAGGGUUUGGUUUAUGUGUAUGGAAAGAUGAUAGUGUAAAAUAAUAUUAUAAUUUAGAGAUACGAAGGAUAAUGGGAAGAGAAUCUUAUGCAUGGACAAGGAACAUAUUAUUGGAAGGGUAGAAAAUAUGAAGGUUAAUAUUAUUAUGGAUAAAAACAUGGAAAAGGUAAAUAUUACUGGAAUUCUAACACUUAUUAUGAUGGAGAAUGGAGUAAUGGAGUGUAAAAUGGAGAAGGAAUUUUAGUGAUUAACCAAUAAGUUGUAUAAGUAAAUAAUAAAUAAUAAAAAGUAUUUCUUAGUCUGGAAUUUGGAAAGCAGGAGUGUUUUAGUAAAAAAAGUGA